CCCACCUCUUAAAACCCCCACAUUACAUCACAACACGUCACCCUUUCUCCUCAGUUCCUCAUCAUCUCGUCAUAUUCCAAAAACCCAUACAAAAUUUCCCUAAUUUCCCAUUAAUUAAUGUCACCAGAAAGGGGCAAAGAAAUUCACUAAUGUUCUGUUUUAUUUUAUUUUCCAUAAUUCUGCUCUUUAACCUUCUUCCUUAAGCUCCUCUAUUUUCUCUGUUUUACUUUUCUUUUUUGCUUCCAAAAUAAAUAAACUUUUUUUGGUUCUUAAUGACUGUUAUCAGAUCCAAAUUGAGACUCUUGUUUCCCAAUUCGCAUUCUGAUUUUAACCUAGAAAAAAAAUCGACAUUUGAAUUAAUCACGCCAUAAUUAUUCUCCAAAUAUCUCUAUCUCACUGAAUAUAAAUUGAAUUGGAGAGUGUGUGUUUGUGUGCAAAGAAAUUUCAGCGGAAAGGAGAGAGAGAGAGAGUAAUAAUGGGGGGAGCACCGUCGACGCCGCGUUGGAGCGGUGGUGGGGCAAUGAGGCCGGCGGAGACGGCGGAGUAUUUAAUUGGAACGUUUGUUGGGGAGAAGUCGUAUCCUUUAGAGUCCGAUUACUGGCAGAAGCUCCUGGAGUUGCCUAUUGAUCUCCGCUGGCCUCCUGAUCGUGUCCUGCAAGCUUGUCAGCUCCUUGCUCAGAAUAACAGUCAGACAAGACAUCUUGCAAAGAUUUUAAUACAUCUCGUGAGGUGUUUGCAAGAAUGUGUUUCUAGUUCCGGUGUGCCCUUUGCCGCCUUUGUGAAAUCUCUUAAUGCAGUUUACAUCUCCUCUGUCUUCCUGAAGUACUUAAUUGAGACUGCCAAAAGCGACGAUUUUGAAGAGUUAUACCUUUCUAUCGAUGGAGCUGAGACACUACCAAACACUUUCUCAACAGAUCUCAGCAUUCAGCAUCUGGUCAUGCAUAGUGUCCUUACAUUUAUUGGCAAAGUAGAUGUCAGCACCAACACAUACCUGUUGCACCAUGAGCUACUUAACUUUGUACUCAUAGCCAUGUCAACCCAGCUUCUAAGUGGACCAUCGCCAGGUCCAGAAGAUGUUCACCCAUUUAUUGAUGCAUUGAUGGUUCAGGAGAGUUCUUUGGUUAGUUUGGUGGUGUGUAAGCUGCUCUCAAACUACACUAGACAACCUAACUUCCCGGUUGAUAGUUCAUCUUACAGCAUAUUCUCUGAAGUCAACCAGCCGGGUGUUCUACAGAGAGUUGGUUCUGUGGCUGCAAAUUUUGUGCUCUUCCCAUUGAAUUUCUUUGUUGGUUCAACUGGAGAACCCACUAAGAGUCCUUUGGCAGAUAACAGCCUCAACGUUUUACUUGUUCUCAUCCAUUACCGAAAAUGCGUUGGGGUGGACUAUGUAAAAGGAAAAGUUGGCUACAGCUCAGAUUCUCUCCCAAAGGAAGAACCAUAUUUUUCCGAAAAUCCUUACUGCAAGGCCUUGCAAAAUGCUCGAGAUGUUGAAUUUGAUCGCUUAGAUGUUGACGGGAAUGCACACAAUGGGCCUCUUGUGAAGUUGCCUUUUGCUUCUCUGUUUGAUACUCUUGGCAUGUGUUUAUCUGAUGAGAGAUCUGUUAUCCUUCUUUACACGAUGGUGCAAGGGAACUCUGCUUUUCUGGAGUAUGUUUUGGUGCGGACAGACCUGGAUACGUUGUUAAUGCCUAUGCUGGAGACUCUCUAUAACGCAUCAAGGAGGUCAUCGAAUCAAAUUUACAUGGUGCUAAUUAUCCUUCUUAUACUUAGUCAAGAUUCGUCAUUCAAUGCCAGUAUUCACAAACUGAUCCUGCCCAGUGUUCCAUGGUAUGAGGAGCGUCGCCUUCAUCAAACAUCUCUUGGGUCUCUUAUGGUCAUCAUUCUGAUCAGGACCGUGAAGUAUAACUUAUCUAAGCUGCGUGAUGUUUAUCUCCAUACAAAUUGCCUUGCAACUUUGGCGAACAUGGCACCUCAUGUCCAUAGGCUUAGUGCUUAUGCAUCUCAAAGACUGGUCAGCCUUUUUGAUAUGCUUGCACGCAAGUACAACAAGUUAGCUGAAAUGACUAAUGACAAGAUGCAUAUGCCUAAUGGUGAAUCGAGAGAAGAAGAUAACCUCCCUGAAGAUACGUCAGCAGAGUUACAUAUCUAUACCGACUUUUUGAGAAUUGUGCUGGAAAUAUUAAAUGCAAUCCUGACUUACACCUUGCCGCGGAAUCCUGAGGUGGUUUAUGCAGUUAUGCACAGGCAGGAGGUCUUUCAACCUUUUAGAAAUCAUCCACGAUUCAAUGAGUUGCUUGAAAACAUAUUUACAGUUUUGGACUUCUUCAAUAGCCGAAUGGAUGCGCAGCGUGUGGAUGGUGAAUGGUCGGUGGAGAAAGUUCUUGAAGUUAUAGUCAUCAACUGCAGAUCUUGGAGAGGUGAAGGCAUGAAGAUGUUCACACAGUUGCGGUUUACAUAUGAACAAGAGAGUCAUCCUGAAGAGUUUUUCAUUCCGUACGUGUGGCAGCUAGUUUUAUACAACAGCACUUUUGGUUUCAACCCGAGCAGCAUUAAUUUAUUCCCUGUGGACCUGCCUCUACAAGAGAUGGGAGAGGUGGAGACGGAGAAGCUUGAAAAUGGUGUGCUUGAUGGACAAGAGCUUCAGGUGCAGGUGGAGAAACUAGUGUGACAGACAAGGGUAACCCUGGCUAUGGCUUGAAGAUGGCGGUUAUUGUAAAUAGAUACAGCUAUAUAUAAUAGGGUAGAUAAAAUUUUACUUCCAUUCUUUCUGUUUAUACAUCCAUGACCAUGAGCGUAGAAAAAGCCCUGAGUGUUUCUUUCUUCUUUCUUUUUUCCCCGUCUCCCAUAGAGGUAAAUGUCAUUGUAAUGAAAUAAAUAUAUUAGAUAGAAGAACUCGAUCGAGCACAGUAAGAGAACACCAGGUUAUUGAUUUCAUUACCGCAUUCCGCCCUAUUCAAUUGGUUUUCCUAUUCCCCACGUCUCUCUUGAUCUGAAAUGAUUGUCCAAAUUAUACUUUCAUUUUUAGAUUGUCUAGUUUGGAUUUUAAUUUGGAGUUUGGACAAUCAUUUAGGACAGGAAAUAGUGAACAAUGAAUGGAGAAAUUGCUGGUAUUCACUUGCGACGUGAAAAGGUUUCCUUUAUUUUUCUUUUUUUCGAAGAAAAUAGAAUUGAAAAGAUUUUCAUUACAAAUUUAC